ACAUCAAUGGUAAAUGCUACUGGCUUGGGUUCACUGCAAUUCAAGACUCAUUCUCCACCGUUGCUUUCGAAAAUGUCCAUCUAUUCGGGUUCAUACGCCUCACCAGGGCCUCCUCAAAUCUCAUCAGCUUCGGUGUGUGGCGUUAUUUGUCCAGAUCCACUGGUACCUUCGGUGAAGUCAAUCAGCAAUGGGAAAAGAAUUUCGGGUCUAUUUUUCACAUUUCUUGCUGAAAAUGUAGCUUAG